CUGGGACCUCUUCCAGUCCGAGUGUGCAUUCCUCUACGAUCACCUGAUGGUCCUGAAGAACGUGUACAUGGAGCCCCUGAAGCAGGUGCAGGUGGAGGGCUAUCUCAUGGUGGCCGAGCCGGAGCUCCUGUUCGGCAACCUGGACGAAUUGUGCUGUGUUACGUACGCAUUUUGCAAAGACUUCAUCAAGACCCUGCUGAGUUUGUGUAGGGGAGAAGACUCCGUAUCGCUGACAGGUAUACUGUCUAAGCUGUUUAUCAAGAAUAACAAGUCGUCGUGUUUAAGUCAGUCCUAUCACCGUUAUGCGCUCAACUAUAUCAACGCUCUCAACUACCUGGAAACGCUUCGCCGUCACAAUGACUUCUGCGAGUUUGAGAAGUGGUGUAACCGGGACCCACGCUGCAAGAAGCUGCAGCUGACAGACCUACUGGUGGCGCCGGUGCAGCACAGCAUGAAAGGUGCCGCUCAUGCUGCGUGACAUCCAGGCCAAGACGGAGAGCGCCGCCGACCGCCAGAUCAUCAGCACCAUCAUCGAGACCGAGGAGAACUCGCUGCGCGAGCUUGACGACAAGAUGAAGUGGCUGAAGAACUUCGAGCGCCUGCUGGAGAUCCAGCGCAACCUGGUGUGGCCGUCGGUGAUGGAGAUGGACCCGAAGGCAUACAUCCCCGAGUUCCUGCGGCCGGCGCUGGCCCGGCAGCCGUGCGAACGCCUCAUCGUCAGCCCGCGCCGCCAGAUCAUCAUGGAGGGGCCGCUGCAGCUGGCCGACGCCGGCAAGCCAAUCGACAUGCAUGUCAUCCUGUUCGACGACAUGCUGCUCAUCACGCGACGCAAGAAGGGGCUCAGCAAAAAGAAGUCGUCCAUCACCGACGGCUGGAGCGGCCACCACUGCCGCGGCUCUGCUUACCACGAGGCUGCCGUCCGCUACGUCGUCCACAAGCAGCCGCUGUCGCUCGAUCGCUUCUUCCUGCACAACAUUGUCGGCCAGGAUGUGACGGCGAGCCGUCUGGAAGGCGCUUUCGUCGUUGUUCAUUUGAAUCGGUUCCAGCAGAUUGCGGCAGUCUUCACGCUUCUGGCACAGUCGGAGCAGGUCAAGACCAUGUGGAUCAACAAGCUGCGCGAGGCCCAGGAGAAGUGGAAGCGCACGCUGCAGAACACGGUGUUCCGGGAGUGGGAAGGCGCGCUGCUACCGUUGCUGACCCUGACGGAGGAGCUGCGCACCUCGAACAUGCCGCCGGCGGCGCUGACCGAGGAUGCCAUUCUUCCGGCUCUGUCCCCGCUCAGCGUUGACCCGAGUCGGGUCAAGGACGGCUUGGGGCCCAUCUGCUCCUCUUCGCUAAGGGCAUAG